AUGGCCGCGGAGGACCUCGCCGGCGGCCUGAGCCCGUCGCUCGGCAGCCUCGUCGCGCGGGCCUGGUGGCUGUCCGUCGUCUUCGCGCCCGUCUACGGCACCUGCGGCCUCGCCUGGCUCGUGCCGGCGUUCCGCCGGCGCGUCUGGUACCGCCUCCUGACGACGUGCCUCGGCGCGAGCGGCGCGUGCUUCGUCAAGUGGGCGCAGUGGUCCGCGACGCGGAGCGACCUCUUCCCCGACGCGUUGUGCGCGGAGCUCGGCGGCCUCCAGGCCGACGCGCCGCGCCACGGCUGGAGCCACACGCGGUGCCUCGUGGAGGCCGCCGUCGGCUGCCGCGUCGAGGACUACUUCGAGGCCUUCGAGCGGCGGCCGCUCGCGUCGGGGUCCAUCGCGCAGGUCCACCGCGCGUCGCGCCGCGGCGUCGACGUCGCCGUCAAGGUGCGCCACCCGCGCGUCGCCUUCCAGAUGCGCGUCGACUCGCGGCUGAUGGUGCUCGGCGCGAAAUGCGUCGAGGCGCUGCCGGGGCUCCGGGGUUUACGUUUAUCGGACACGGUGCACCAGUUCUCCGCGUCGCUCGCGCAGCAGUCGCGGCUGGACCGCGAGGCGGACGCGCUGCGCGCAUUCGAGCGCAACUUCCGGGGCUGGCACGACGUCAACUUCCCGCGGCCCCUGCUGGCGACGCCGGGCGUCAUCGUCGAGUCGUUCGCGCGGGGGACGCUGGUCAACGGCUUGGCGCGCGACGCCAAGGUCCGCGGCGACCUCACGCCGCGGGAGCGGCGCAACGGCGCGCACCUCGUGAACCGCGGCGAGGACAUCUAUUUGAAGAUGCUGCUGGAGGACAAGCUCAUGCACGCGGACCUCCACCCGGGCAAUUUGUUGCUCGACGACCGCGGCGGCGCGUUGCGCAUCAACGUCGUCGACGCGGGCAUGGUCGCGGUGCUGUCCGACGACGAGUGCGAGGCCUUCGUGGGCCUCAUCGAAGCGCUCGGCGCGGCGGACGCGGCGGCGGCCGCGCGGUGCGUGCGCCGCUUCGACCCGGCGAACGACGCGUCGAUGUCGGACGACGCGAAGCGCGCGUUCGACGCGGACGUCGCGGCGCUCUUCGCGACGUCGUGCCGCGGCUACGGCACGGGCGUCGACUUCGGCGAGGUCGUGCGCGGCGUGCUGACGCUCAUCCGCGCGCACCGCGUCCGCAUCUCCGCCGUCUACGCGACGCUCAUCAUCAACGCGCUGUGCCUCGACGGCAUGGCGGGGGACCUCCUGCCGGGCUACUCGGUCCUCGACGGCGCGCGGCCCCUCCUGUCGACGCACCGCUGGCUCGUGUCGGACCGGGGCGCGCCCCGGAGGACAAAGUGGUGGCGGCCGCGGCUCGGGCCCGCGCUCUUCCGCCGCGUGUGCCUGCCCGUCGCCUGGAGGCUGAAGAAGAUCCACGACGCGCGCGUGAAGCGGGGCAUCAUGUAA